AUGGAAGAUAACCAAGCAUAUAAGCAUUAUGAAAUACUUAUGGAUAAGUACAAGGGAUACAUUGAAACUGUGGAUGCAAUUUAUAGAUUGGAUUCGGAUAAAAUAAACUCAACAGCAGAAUUAUACAAGGAGAUCAAGGAUAACUUGAUUGAUGCAGGAUAUUUUACAGCACAAAAGAUGAUGGAUACAUUAAACUCUAUUGGUCAAGAUAGAUUACGUUAUCGUCAUGCAUACGUAGAGUUGAUGAAUAGAAUUUAUCAAGAAUAUCAUUGUGAUAUCAAUCCUGAUAACUUAACUCUUUCAAAUUAUGACACUUCUAUCACAAACACAUAUCUUGAUGCAAUAUUGAAGGAUGAUGAAGAAUCUCUAAGUGAAUUCUUGAAACAUGAGAGCCUUAAUCUCAGUGAUUUACUUAAAACAUGUUGUUUUCAUGGAGCAUUUAACUGUUUCAAUUUAUUAAGAACAGAAUUCAAAGUUGAAAUCACAAAAGAAUGUCUUGAUGCUUCAUUUCGUGGAGACAAUCAAUAUAUCAUAAAUGAAUGUUUGAAAGAACAAAAACCUGAUUCAUUAACAUAUAAUGCUGCAAUUGCAUCUCAUAAUACUGAAAAUAUUCUUAAAUUGAUAGAUGAAUUCAACACAUCUUUAUAUAUAGGCAGUAAUAAUUUUCACAAUCUUCAUUCAUUUCUUAUUUAUUUGAAUCAAACUAAUGAUUUCAACACAUGUUUUGUAUUUUCUCCGUAUUAUAGAAUUCCGUCUCUAUGUGAAUAUUUGCAUUUAAAUGGUAUAGAUAUUAAUGCAAAUUGUAGUAAUUAUACAGCCCUCCAUUUAGCUGUUUAUGCAGAAGAAACAUCCAUUAUAAAAUAUUUGAUUAUGAAUGGAAUUAAUAUUGAUGAAACAUGUACAAACUUUGGAACUGCUCUUAAUUUAGCCCUAUCUCGUAAUUUGACAGAUAUCGUGGAGUUACUUGUUUCAAAUGGAGCCAAUAUCAAUAUCAAAGAUGAAAUUGAUAAUAUGUCAGCACUUCAAUAUGGAAUCAUAAAUAAUAAUAAGAAAGUUGUUGAUAUUUUAAUUUCACACGGUGCUGAUCCGAAUGAAAAAAAUUGA